GCUUAGCGUAGCGUAGCGUUACGAUCGAUAAUUUUAAGUUAAAGUUAUACAAUAAAGUUAAAUGUAAUAAGUUAUAAAGUACAUUAGACAAUAAGUGUGACUUUAAAGCAUAAUGGCCGAAUUUUUUAAAGGCUUGUUGUUGUCGGUUUUAUCUGAAAAGUGUUAUGAUGAAUACUUCGUCAAUUACAACUUCCUCGACGUACCAUGUUUUAAAACAACCCUCAGCCGAGGAUUGGGAAUUGGUAUCAUCGCAGGGUCAAUUCUAGUAAAAGUUCCCCAAAUUCUGAAGAUUGUGGGCAGUAAGAGUGCUGAGGGCAUCAACAUCUAUGGAGUAUGCUUGGAGCUGUUUGCAAUCACUGCUAACUUUGCAUAUAGUUAUGUCAUGAACUUCCCAUUUAGUGCAUGGGGUGAAGCAAUUUUCUUAGCUAUUCAAACUGCAAUUAUAGCAGCCCUAGUUCUGCACUAUGGUGGGUCAGCAGCAAAAGCAUUAGCCUUUCUAACGGUGUAUGUAGGACUGGUAGCAACACUAGUUAGUGGUCAAACCCCUACAGACAUAUUGUGGUCCAUGCAGGCAGCUACUGUGCCUAUAAUAGUAAUAGCUAAGUCAAUUCAAGUUAUCACAAACUAUAAAAAUGGUAGCACAGGACAAUUAUCUGCAGUGACAUGCCUGAUGCUGUUUGGUGGAAGCAUUGCAAGAAUAUUCACAUCCAUUCAAGAGACUGGCGAUUUGCUCAUAAUAGUGACUUAUUGUGUGUCAACUAUUGCAAACGGCGCAUUAGUUUUGCAGUUGUUCUGGUAUUGGAAUGUGGACAAGAGUAACAAAAAUAAGAACAAGAAGAAAAAGAAACGCAUAUAAAUAUGUGCAGUGCACACAAACAGAACAAAAUUAUUGGAAAAGCUAGUAGACAAUGUUAUAAUUUUGUUGAAAUAAAACCAGUUUACUGUG